CCGUUUGGUGCAGGCGACUGUGGCAGUGCCCUAACCUCUCUCUCUCCACUGGCGUUGUUUCUCCUACACUAACACGCUGCAGUUCCACAAAGCGAAACAAAGAGAGAGAGAGAAAAAAGGGUAAAAGAAACGAAAAGAAAAGAAGUCUUUGCAUAAAAUAAGUCACUCCCCUUGAACCCAGAAAAAAAGGGGCAAAAAGUAAAGAAAACUCCUCUCGCGAAUUGAUUUUUAUUAAUUUUUUUCUUCUCUUUUCAAUUGGGUUCUUUAUUAGAUUGGAUUUUUAGAUUUGGGUCACCGAUUUUUCCUGUUAUUUCGUUCGAAUUUGUCCGAAUUCCAAUCCCGAUUGCCCCCUCUUCCAUUGUUGGGGUUGUGUUUAAUUUCAACAGUUGUUUGUCGACUUUGUUAUUUGGAAAACUGCCACGCAGCGAUGUUCCGAUUUGAGCAGGAGAAGAUCCGAAAACGAAUUUGAUAUUUCCCAAUUGGUUUCUUUGAUCAGUUGAAUUCGUUUCAGUGCUCUUAGGUUCUGAUAUGGCUGAUGCUCUUUCUGUUAUUCCUGCAUUUGUGCUCCGAAACCUCUCUGAUAAACUCUAUGAGAAACGGAAGAACGCUGCUCUUGAGGUUGAGGGAAUUGUGAAGCAACUUGCUUCGGCUGGAGAUCACGAGAAGAUUACGGCGGUUAUCAAUCUGCUGACCAACGAUUUCACUAUGUCGCCUCAAGCGAAUCAUAGGAAGGGAGGAUUGAUAGGCCUUGCUGCUGCAACUGUUGGCUUGUCUUCUGAUGCGUCUCAACAUCUUGAGCAAAUUGUACCUCCUGUGCUCAAUUCUUUUUCUGAUCAAGAUAGCAGAGUACGUUAUUAUGCAUGUGAAGCUCUAUACAACAUUGCAAAGGUUGUCAGAGGCGAUUUUAUAGUUUUUUUUAACCAGAUAUUUGAUGCCUUAUGUAAGCUUUCAGCUGAUUCAGAUGCCAAUGUACAAAGUGCUGCUCAUCUCUUGGAUCGACUUGUGAAGGAUAUUGUUACUGAAAGUGAUCAGUUCAGCAUCGAAGAGUUUAUUCCAUUACUGAGGGAGCGUAUGAAUGUCCUAAAUCCCUAUGUCCGUCAGUUUUUGGUUGGAUGGAUCACUGUACUUGAUAGCGUGCCAGAUAUUGAUAUGUUGGGCUUUCUUCCUGAUUUUCUUGAUGGUUUGUUUAAUAUGUUGAGUGAUUCAAGUCAUGAAAUCCGGCAGCAAGCUGAUUCUGCUCUUUCGGAGUUUCUCCAAGAGAUAAAAAAUUCUCCAUCUGUAGAUUAUGGCCGAAUGGCUGAGAUUCUGGUCCAGAGGGCUUCUUCCCCAGACGAAUUUACUCGCUUAACGGCUAUUACAUGGAUUAACGAGUUUGUAAAACUUGGUGGAGAUCAACUAGUACCUUAUUAUGCUGAUAUUCUAGGAGCAAUUCUACCUUCCAUAGCUGAUAAAGAAGAGAAGAUUAGAGUGGUUGCUCGGGAAACUAAUGAAGAACUUCGUAAUAUCAAGGCUUUUCCAUCCGAAGGAUUUGAUGUUGGUGCUAUCCUUUCUAUAGCUAGGAGACAAUUAUCUAGUGAACAUGAGGCUACUAGGAUUGAAGCAUUGUAUUGGAUAUCAACACUUCUAGACAGACAUCGAACUGAGGUAUUGAUCUAUUUGGAUGAUAUACUUGACAGCCUUCUUCAAGCCCUAUCUGAUCCUUCUGAUGAGGUGGUGCUCCUUGUUCUCGAUGUUCAUGCUUGCAUAGCAAUAGAUCAGCAACAUUUUCGCCAACUUGUUGUCUUUCUCGUGCAUAAUUUUCGGAUCAACAAUUCUCUUCUGGAGAAGCGUGGUGCAUUGAUAAUACGCCGGUUAUGUGUACUUUUAAAUGCUGAACGGGUCUACCGUGAACUUUCUACAAUAUUGGAAGGAGAAUCAGAUUUGGAUUUCGCUUCUAUUAUGGUUCAGGCACUCAAUUUGAUUUUGCUGACUUCCUCUGAGUUAUCUGGUCUUCGUGAUCUUUUAAAGAAAUCAUUGGUGGAUGCAGCUGGGAAGGACCUUUUUGUUUCUUUAUAUGCAUCGUGGUGUCAUUCCCCAAUGGCUAUUAUUAGUCUUUGUUUAUUAGCACAGUCAUACCAGCAUGCUAGUGUGGUGAUUCAGUCUUUGGUGGAGGAAGAUAUUAAUGUGAAAUUUUUAGUUCAGCUGGAUAAACUGAUUCGCCUUCUGGAGACUCCAGUCUUUGCUUAUCUAAGACUGCAGCUUCUUGAACCUGGAAGAUAUAUGUGGCUGUUAAAAGCAUUAUACGGUCUUCUAAUGUUACUUCCCCAGCAAAGUGCUGCCUUUAAGAUACUACGAACACGUCUCAAAACAGUGCCUCCGUACUCGUUUAGUGGUGAGCACUUCAACCAAUUAUCAUCCGGGAACUCCUACUCUGUAAUGAUGUCUGGGUUGAAUAUAAACGAAGAUGGUGAUGUAAGCCAGGAUGCUGGGAACUCUCGUAAAGGAAUUAACUUUGCUGCUAGGCUACAACAAUUCGAGCACAUGCAGCAUCAACAUCGCUUACAUGAAAAAGAGCAGACACUGUCACGGACCAGUACUCCACCUCCGCUACCAAUAACGGGGGUUGAAAUCCCAGAAGAAACAAAGUGGCCGGUGUCAGCCCCGGCCUCGGCUCCGGCACCAGCCUCAGCUGCAGUAGCGGAGAUAAACAGGCCUCCUUCAAGAUCAAGGAGAGGGCCAGGGCAAUUACAGUUAUGAUUAUAUGCUCUCCAUUAUAUACAGUGGUUCUCAGUUAUGGAUGAGAUUUUGUGUAGUUUGUAAAAUUGUAUAUCAUAGUAGAGUUUGGUCUAAAAGACUUUUUUUCUUUUUUUUCAAUUAGCUGUGUGGUUGGGGACGGUUGGUUUAUAAAAGAAAAUUGAGAUGAGCUCAGUUUUUGGCUGAGCUAUUCUUUCCAUUUUGUAAAAGGGAACAUUUUUACCCAUGUGGUUGUGUUAUUUUUUUGUUGAAGCCAUAGUGGGUAAAAAGGGGAAAGUACCUAGAUGGAGGUUCAGUUCGUUUGCUUA